AUCCUGUUGAUACUCAUUGUUUUAUUCCCGCGAAAAAGUUAGUAGUAGUGAAAAUACAAAGGUUAUCUUUUAUUAACUAUACAAUCAUUUCAUUAUUUAUUAAUUUAAAAAUUUAUUGAGUUCCAUUUGUAACUCACUAUUAGUAAUAAUGACCAAAUAAUGUCUGUUACUACUACGAAGAGGUCUAAAAGCUAUAAUGAGAAGAUAAGUCCUCAACAAGUAGAAAGUAAACAUAAAACAGUUGUUAAUAAAUAUCGAAAAUUAGAUUUAGAAAAAGAAUUGAAUGUUUCAUCUUCAUCUGAUGAAGAAAGUCCAACAAUAUCUCGAAAACAAUUGAAAAAACGAUCAAGAAGUAAAAGUUGUAGUUCAGAAAGUACUGAUUCGGAAACAAUUUGUUCUCCUGAAAUAAAAGUCGGAUCUGCAGUGGUUUAUAUGUUGAGUAAAGGUGACAAAACGCCCAAAAUAAUAAAAAAAUCUAUAAAUAACCUAUUUGAAAAAUUGGACUGAAACAUGCAUCGAAAACGACAAACUCGGGCAGCAGACAUCAGUGAUGAUGAUGAAAUUUUUACUCCUAGUAAAGUUAUUUUAAAAAAAUUGUCUGAUAUCAAAAAAAGUCCUUCAAAAGAAAGAAAGUUACAUAGUGAAUUUAGUGAUAAUAAUGUAAACAACAAAAAUUGUGAUAAUUUAAAAUUUUUACUUCGACGUUCAACCGAGAAUAGCAAUUUUAAAUAUAUUUCUUGUCAAUCAUCUUCUCCAUCCGGUACUGUUUUGUCCACACAUAGUGAAGAAAUAAAUACAUUAACUGCAGAAAAAUUGCAACAAUCUCUCAAGAUUACUGAAGAUGAAAAUGUUGAAACUCAGCAAGAGUCAAAUGAAUCUGAUGAUAGCGACAUCUCUGACAUUGACAAUAAUCCUGAUCUUAAAAUCAGCAAAAGAUCUGGAGCCGUUACGAAAAAAACAAUGCGAACUCCUACUAAGAAAAAUGCAAUUGAAGUCGAUCCACAAACACCUGUAACCCGUAAAAAAAUAGCUGAUAAUCCAGAAACACCUUUAACACGGCUGAGAUCUCGAAGAUGCAAUUUAUCGUCUCCAAAAUCAACACAAAAAUUAUUUAAUGAAGAGCCAUCAACUCCAAAACGUAAAUCAGUAGCUUCCAAGACUGCAACUUCUUUAAUCAAACUUAAGGCACUUACUCCAUCAAUAAAAAGAAGAACUACAAACGUAGCAAAGCCAAAAACAAUUUUGGAAGAAGCAAGAGCCCAAUUACAUGUCAGCGCAGUUCCCCAGUCACUACCAUGCAGAGAAACAGAGUUUAAUGACAUUUUCAUGUUCUUAGAGAAGAAAAUAGCUGACCAUAGCAGCGGUUGCAUGUAUAUAAGUGGUGUUCCUGGUACUGGGAAGACAGCAACGGUGAACGAAGUGAUUCGUUGCUUGAAAAAAUUAAAUUCAAAUGGCUCUUUACCGGAUUUUGAUUUUUACGAAAUAAAUGGAAUGAAAAUGUCAGAACCACGGCAAUCAUAUGUUCAGAUUCUUAAGCAAAUGACGGGCCAAUCUACGACGUGGGAAGCAGCUCUUAAGAUUCUUGAUAAAAGAUUUACAAAUAAACAGGCUAAGAAAUCCAUGACACUACUACUUAUCGACGAACUUGAUGUACUGUGUAAUAAACGCCAAGACGUGGUGUAUAAUCUUCUCAACUGGCCAUCACAACCAGCAGCUCAAUUAGUAGUUAUAACAAUUGCUAAUACCAUGGAUCUACCUGAAAGAGUGUUGAUGAGUCGUGUAACGUCACGUCUAGGAUUAACGCGGUUAACUUUUCAACCAUAUAAUUAUAAACAAUUGAAUGAGAUAGUUAUUGCGCGACUUAACGAAUCUAAUGCUUUUAAAAGUGAAGCUGUUCAGCUAGUUGCAAGAAAAGUAGCUGCUGUGUCAGGUGAUGCACGAAGAGCACUAGAUAUAUGUCGUCGAGCUACAGAAAUUGCUGAAUUAUAUGAAUCAAAAAUAGUUACUAUACAACAUGUUAAUGAAGCUCUAACGGAGAUGAUUGCGAGUGUCAAAGUUCGUGCCAUUAAAUGUUGUUCAGAAAUGGAAAAAGUCUUCCUACAGGCAGUGUGUGCAGAAAUUAAACGAACAGGAGUUGAAGAAACUAUUUUUAAAAAUGUCUACAAGCAAAUAGAGGCUCUUUGUUCUUUUGAAGGUGUAUUUGUACCAAAUGCAACUCAAGCAUUAGAUAUUUGUAAUCGCCUCUGCACCCAUAGAUUCAUUCUCGUUGAUGAUCCACGGAAUGAUAUUCUACAGAGAAUAUUCCUUAAUGUUUCCAUGGAUGAUAUCCAUUUUGCCUUACAAGAUAUUAAAAUAUAGAAAACGCUUAAAAACGAGCCAUUUUACCU